GCGAAGAGACGCGGUGCGCACGCGCGUGAGAGCAGUCGCGGCCUCGUGGCGGAACAUCCGACCCAUUCAAGAGGAAGGAUGAAAGCUCUACAUAGGAAAACGAUGUGAAUGGAAGAAACCUGUCAUUAUGCAAAUAGUACGGCACUCUGAACAGACCCUAAAAACAGCUCUCAUCUCAAAGAACCCAGUGCUUGUGUCACAGUAUGAGAAAUUAGAUGCUGGGGAACAGCGUUUAAUGAAUGAAGCCUUCCAGCCAGCCAGUGAUCUCUUUGGACCCAUUACCUUGCAUUCUCCAUCAGAUUGGAUCACCUCCCACCCUGAGGCCCCCCAAGACUUUGAACAGUUCUUCAGUGAUCCUUACAGAAAGACACCCUCUCCAGACAAACGCAGCAUUUAUAUACAGUCCAUUGGCUCUCUAGGAAACACCAGACUUAUCAGUGAAGAAUAUAUUAAAUGGCUCACGGGCUACUGUAAAGCAUAUUUCUAUGGCUUGAGAGCAAAACUCCUAGAACCAGUUCCUGUUUCCGCAACAAGGUGUUCCUUUAGAGUCAAUGAGAACACACAAAACCUACAAAUUCAUGCAGGGGACAUCCUGAAGUUCUUGAAAAAGAAGAAACCUGAAAGUGCCUUCUGUAUUGUGGGAAUAACAAUGAUUGAUCUUUACCCAAGAGACUCGUGGAAUUUUGUCUCUGGACAGGCUCUGACAGAUGGUGUGGGGAUGUUCAGCUUUGCCAGGUAUGGCAGUGAUUUUUAUAGCAUGCGCCAUGAAGGCAAAGUGAAGAAGCUCAAGAAAACAUCUUCAAGUGACUAUUCAAUUUUCGACAACUGUUAUAUUCCAGAAAUAACUAGUGUUUUACUACUUCGAUCCUGUAAGACUUUAACCCAUGAGAUCGGACACAUAUUUGGACUGCGACACUGCCAGUGGCUGGCAUGCCUAAUGCAAGGCUCCAACCACUUGGAAGAAGCUGACCGGCGCCCUCUGAACCUUUGCCCUAUCUGUUUGCGCAAGUUGCAGUGUGCUGUUGGCUUCAGCAUUGUAGAAAGUUAUUAAGCACUGGUGAGGUGGAUUGAUGAUGAAUCUUCUGACACACCUGGAGCAACUCCAGAACACAGUCGUGAGGAUAAUGGGAAUUUUUCGAAACUCGUGGAAGCCUUUAAGGAAUGGAAAGAGUGGAUAAUAAAAUGCCUAGCUGUUCUCCAGAAAUAAGGACCUUCAAUUAGGAGUGAUUGAAAUAAAUGACUACUUGCAUGUUAUGCUUUCAUUUGGGUGGAAUACUUCAUCAGAAUAAACUACUGAUCUUGUGCUGUGUCAGAGUAACAGACUAGAACCUUCUUUCAGGUACCUGAAUUGAAAUGAAACUCAUUUUGAAUAAUAAAAACUCUAGAAACUCUUUA